AUGCUUAGUACUACAAAAUUUAGAAAUGACCGCACAUCCAGGUCGCCAUCACGUCGUAAUUAUAAUAGGAAGGAAAGUUUAAGAACUCGCGAUUUGGAUAAGAAAAGCCCGGUUAGAUCACCAAUUAGUCGAAAUAAUGGAAGAGAAUGGUCUCGAUCUCGUAUUUCACCACCACAAUAUGAGAAAAGAUCAAAAUCGCCUAGGCAUAUACGUUCACAGACUAUAUCUCGAGAUAGAAAAGUCUCCCGACUUGGUUUAUUUCCUUCACGAAAGAACCGUAAGUCAGGAUCUUCUGAUCGAAUGAACAGUAGCAGGAGAGAAUUCUCAAAAUCUCGAGAAAAAUCGCGUCGUAGCUCUUCUCCCCAUCACAGUUCUCAUAGAUCUUUGGCUCGCGGACAGGCCGACUCUUAUCGACCAAAUUACCAAAGCCAAAGAUCAAGAUAUGAUUCAUAUCGUCCCAAAAAAAUCACUAAGUCAACUGACAGGCAACAUUCAAAGACUGAAUCUCGAUCAUCUGCAUCGGUUCGUCCUGAAACUUCUAAUGCUGCUAAUUUUUCUCCAAUUCAUGAGAAUACGGUAUCUGAACGUUCACGACCUUAUAAACCGAUAUAUGAUGCAAAAGCAGAGCUUAAAGAUCGUAAAGAUGCAUUUUAUUGCGAAUAUGAUGAUUAUUUUAAUGCCAAUUCAAGAUUCAAAACUCCACAACUUAAUAUUACUAACGCUCGCCAAGAUAUGAUUGAUCACAUAAUUCAAUCUUGUCUACGUUUACAAUUACCUAUGAAUUGUAUGGCAGCAACGCUAAUAUUCUAUCAAAGGUUCCAUGCAAAAUUAGAACGAGAUAAGAAAGCUUUUCCAGAAUUAUACGCACAUCAGGUUGAACAUGAUAAUGAUCUCAUGAUAGCAGCCUGUAUGCUCUUUGCUGGAAAGGUUACAAAUUGUAGGAUUGGUGUGGCAAAUGCAAUCAAAGGCAGUUGGAGGCCGAGCGAAACGAAAUGUCCCAGUGAGGAAAGUUCCACAUUUCUUGAACGAAAAGAAUCAGUUAUUCACUAUGAAAAUUGUUUGAUGACGGCUGUUGGUCUUGAUCUUGCAAAAGACACACCUUAUGCCGUGGUAAAUAAGAUAAUUUCUCCGAUACUUGAGAAUUCUGGGGGGACAUGUACUUUGGAUGCAAUUUGGAAAAAGUUCACUAGACAAACGUACGAACAAAUUCUAGAGUCUCUCCGCCGUACAAUAAUUGCUGUUACAUAUAAUGCAAGUGAAAUCGCAACAGCAGCGGCUGCUAUUGCAUCAUUUCAAGUUGGAGUACCUCUUCCAGGAGGAUUAUUCAAGGCUGGAAAAAAAAUGAAACGUGGUGUUAUUUAUCUUGGCAGGAUACCUCAUGGCUUUUAUGAAAAUGAAAUGAAAUCAUACUUUAGUCAAUUUGGUACUGUGACGCGUUUGAAAUUGUAUCGAAAUAAAAAGACUGGAAAAUCAAAGCAUUUUGCAUUCAUUGAAUUCGCUAGUGAUGAAGUUGCUCAAAUUGUAGCUGAAACAAUGGAUAAUUAUUCUCUAUGUAAUCGUCUGCUUCGCUGUAAAGCUGUGCCAGAAGAAAUUAAUCCAUUGAUGUGGAUUGGAGCGAAUAAAGAAUUUAAACCAAAACCUUAUAUAAAGGAAAUUAUGAUGAAACAUAAUAGAAAAAAAACACAGGAAGAACAGAAAAAACAAAUUGAUAAUUUAUUAAAAAAAGAAGAUAAAAAGCGGAAAAGAUUGGAAGAGUUCGAGAUAGAUUAUGAAUUUCCUGGCUAUGUGCGUAUUUGA